UGAGUGCCAUUUCGCUUUUAUAUACAAGGUGCGGCAGGAACGAUUAAGCAGUUUGUUUCCAUUGUCACAUCAGCUGUGAUAAAGUUACAAAUUUCCACAUGGUCUGUUUUUGUUUCUUAGUUAACCCCAUUUCAGUAGCCAACAUGAUUUGGACCGGUGCUCAUCGUGGUUUUGCCGUUCGCGCUUAUUAUGAGAACAAUAAAUCUGUGAUCGCUACACAACGAGCUUUUCGACGACAGUUCAACAUUCCACGCAACAACGCCGUUCCGAAUGCAAACACAAUUCGGUCAUGGAUUCGGCAGAUGGAGGAAACUGGUAGUACACUGAAAACAAAUACACAUUGUCGUCGCAAGUCCAUUAGAACGCCAGAAAAUGUGCAGAGGGUAAGAACAGCAUUCGAACAAUCACCGGAACGCUCUGCUCGACGACAUUCUCUUGCAUUGGGGAUUUCAGACCGCAGUUUAAGAAGGAUUUUACAUUUCGAUUUAAAGUUUCAUCCUUUUAAAAUAAUGAUUGCUCAAGAAUUACGCCCAGUAGACUACGCCAACCGACAAAAUUUGUGUGAGCAAAUGCUUGCUCAAAUCCCUCCACAUGCAGCUUUUUUUAGUAGUGACGAGGCACAUUUUCAUCUUAGUGGGUGCGUGAAUAAGCAAAAUUUUCGCUACUGGGCUGAAGAAAACCCUCGAAUUAUUCAUGAAAGACCUCAACAUUCUCCUAAAGUGACGGUGUGGUGUGCCAUAUCACAAUUUGGCGUGGUUGGCCCCUACUUUUUUGAGGAGGAAGAAGUGACCGUGACAGUGAAUUCCCAACGUUAUGUUUCGAUGUUGAGAAACUUUCUGCAACCCAAAUUAGAAGAGAUGGUUGAAGAACACGGGCUGGCGGAUUUGUGGUUCCAACAAGAUGGAGCUACUGCUCACACAGCUCGAAUUUCACUAGACGUUUUGAGAGAGAUGUUUCCGGGACGCCUAGUCUCUUUGAGAGGUGAUGUUGGGUGGCCUGCGCGGUCACCAGAUCUGAGCAUUUGCGACUUUUUUCUUGGGGAUAUCUGAAGGAAAGGGUUUUCAAAGGCCGCCCUCACACUCUAGCAAUGUUGAAACAGCGGAUUAUUGACGAAGUGAAUGCCAUUCCCCGCGAUAUGUGUGCAAGAGCUGCUGAAAACUUCAGAGAUCGCCUUCAACAAUGUAUUGAUGCUAACGGUCGCCAUCUUCAGGACAUAAUUUUCAAAAACUAAGUAAUAUAAAAUGGUAUAUUGAACCGCUUCAGAAAAUAAAAACAUGUUUCCAUUAUAUAUCCUGAGUCACUUUUUAUUACUCCUAAAAAAUGCUUAAUCGUAGCUGCCGCACCCUGUAGUAUGA